AUGGCACUGGACUUCGAUGUGGACGAUACGCCAACCUUUCCUGAACUCGUGCGGGAUGCUCGCCUCGAUGUCAUGAAGGGUCGCGCGAUGAAGGCGUGUUGGUCAGAGUUGGCUGAUCAGCAUACAUUCUUCAGUGACAUCGCCAAAGAGGGCCGCACUCGUGGCGAAACCCUCGGUACUGUGCUGGUUACUGUCCAAGGGAUCUGUCAAGCUCUGCAGCGUGUCGAACUCUCCAACUCCGAGGUUGGGGCACCCUCGCCAGCUUGCACCGCCCCCUUUUCUCCGCCGGCACAAGGAGCAGUCGGGGAUACGUGGCCUGGUAGCCGGCUUGAGGAGGCGCAGACGCUCGCGCAGGUUGCCCGUGCAUACGUCUGUCUGUACUGCUCUACACCAAUCCCGACGUGUGCGCAAUGGGUGAGCUCGCUGCAGCCUCUCUUUCCUCAGUCACCGAACGCAGCCAGCACAGCCGUCAACGGCGCAGGUGCAUCUCGCUUCGAUGAUGAUGCGGGUGCUGUCCCCGCUACACCCACAUCAUCUACGUUAUGCCGCUACUUGACAAAGCUGCGUCAGACAGUGGAUGACGUCGCGCAGGAGUUGCCUGGCGGCGAGGUGGAUGGGACGGAUGGUGGCUUUGCCGAGGAGAAGCUGAAGGAGCUGGUGGUAUGCUGCAUGACGGUCGGACGACGGGUGGCACGGCCGACCAUGCUCCCCCCUUUAGACGCGCUCGUGGUGCGCGAGAUGGUGAAGGUGCUUCAGGACUUUGUGGGGAGCUCGACGCUAGAGUGGUGA